ACUCAUCAUAUCAGGCUGUCAUCCUCCUAAGGUCUUAAUCGGAAGACUGACUGUCAUGCAGAUGUCAAGUUUGACAAUGUCCUUGGCUUAAGCUCGGAAUGAGAGUGAAUAUUUUUUAAACAUCUAGCCCACCAACGUAAUCCAUUUGCCGAGACUCAAACCGAAAACUCUCGUCAUCGGACCGAUUUACAAAUAUCGUUGGGCUAUUUCUGCUAACUAGACCAGUGAACUUUUGGAAAGAGAGAAUGAUUAGGCUGAGAAAUGGCUUGAGCAUGCCCUCCAUUGGACUUGGAACCUACCGCAUCACUAAAUACGACCAAAUCUUCACCGCCAUCCAAUCUGCCCUAGAGUCCAAGUAUAAACUUAUCGACACCGCUUCCGUGUACAGAAACGAGGCCCACAUCGCCAAGGCCCUCGAUGAAUUGAACGCCGAUCGAAAGUCUCUCUUCAUCACCUCCAAAUUAGCUCCCAAGGAUCAUGGAACAGAGAAGGCCAAAGCAGCCGUUGAAAAGAGCCUCUCGGAAUUGAAGACCGACUACCUGGACCUCUAUCUGAUUCACUGGCCCGGUAUUCAAAAUUGCGAUCCCAAAAGUGAACGGAACAAGGACCUUCGUCUUGAGACGUGGAAAGUGUUGGAACAAUAUCACAAUCAAGGAAUUCUCAAGGCCAUUGGUGUUUCCAAUUACGAGAUCCCACAUCUCAAAGAGCUCCUGGCCGAGUGCCAAGUGCUGCCAAUGGUAAACCAGAUCGAGGUGCAUCCUCAUUUUCAGCAACGCGAUCUAGUCCAAUUCUGCCAAGAUCACGAGAUCCACGUGACAGCCUACAGCUCUUUGGGACGAACGGUGGAAGUGAGCCCUCUCUUAACGGACCCCACUGUGAUUGAUAUCGCCAAUGAGUGCUCCAAAUCGGAGGCACAAGUUCUGCUCAAAUGGGCCCUAACGAAAGGCUUUAGUGUUCUUCCCAAGAGUACCAACCCCAACCACAUCAGGGACAAUUGCCUACUGGACUUUGAUUUGUCGGUCAAAGAUGUGGAUCGACUCAAUGAGAUUGAAGUGAAUACUAAAUACGCUUGGAAUCCAAGCGUAGUGGCUUAAAUGU